AUGCGCUCUUCCAGACUGAGAGGGAAAGCCCUGGAUGAAUACCAGCGUACUUACAAGGCUUGCAUACCUUGCGCCCGCAGAAAGGUCAAAUGUGAGCCCGACAAUGAAAAAUGCCGCAGAUGCCUCGCCAAGAACCUAAGCUGCACUUACAACUCGAAGAAGCCUUGGUCGAGGGAUCGAGAUCAGACAAAUGGGCUAGGCCAAGAGGAAUCUUCACUAGAAAAGGUCUCUGAGAGGGAGGGACGCUCCAGAAUUGAUUCUCAAAGCGCGCAACAGUCAUCAAAUGUGAAUACCCGCAGUGGCCCAGAUACACCAGUCAACCAGGAUGGAUUGUCGACAUCUGUACUCCAAAAAGUAGUUUCGAAUAACAGUGACGCGAUGGACAUCUUGUUUGAGGCAGCUCUUCAAGAGUCCACCCAGAAUACACGAGACCCAGCACAAACCGCCCCUGAGUUGACCGAUGCUGACGUCCUGCGGAUAUGGAACGCCUGUCGAUUUGUGAAAAUGGGAUGGUUCUCCGCCCACGAAGCCAUGGAGCUGAUGGAUCUGUUCUUCAAAAAUAUGGCUCCCCUCUCGCCAGUCUUGACCAACUUCUUCGCUUCACACAAGAAUCAAUACUACCUCGUGACCCAAGAGCCCAUGCUUUGCUACACAAUUCUCAUGAUAUCAUCUCGCUACCACACUCUCCCUGGUGUAGGAGGCUACUCGCGUUCAUUCUUCAUUCACCAUCGAUUAUGGCAACAUUGCCAACACCUUUUACUUCGCAUCACACUCGGCCAGGAGAAGAUCUCCAAAGCAAAGACACGAACGAUAGGCAGUGUUGAAGCGCUCUUGCUGAUGUCUGAAUGGCACCCUCGAGCCUUGCAAUUCCCGCCCGAGACGGAUGGCUGGGACUCGGACUUUAUUAUGACCAGUCCCGACAUUCGCGACCCACCAUCCGCAGAAGACAUGCCUGUCUCUUCCAAUUGGCGUGAAGAUGUGGUUGAGCCGACGAAGAGAUUCGAGCGGAUGUCGUGGAUGGUUCUGAAUUCUGCACUGGCUCUGGCGCACGAGCUAGGUGUAUUUGGCUGCACCGCAAGGCUAACAAGGCACGAUGAUCUAGUCGGUCUUGACGCUGAAAGAUAUCUCGAGUAUCUGGAGGUACGCCGUCGGCGGUUGCCAAGCUUGCUAUUCACGUUCAUUAAUUCUUUGUCCUCGAGGCUGGGGUGUACGUCGCCUAUGCCUUCAGAGGUGGGGAUACCCAUGCCAGAAGCAAGGACCUCAUUACUGUCGGUCGACAGGGACUGGCUGCUGUUCAUGAGUGCAUGGACCGAGCUGAUGAAGUUGACCAGUUCGGUCACGGACACUCUCUUUCCACUCAUGAAUGUCUCCAAUGACGGUGCGACAUAUGCAUUUAUAACAGUCUUAGACCGAAAGCAGGUGCUACUAGCGAAUUGGAAACACAGAUAUCUCAGCAUAUCAGAUACGGGUCUUCCAUACACCCAAACUUUGUUCAUAGAGUAUCAGCAUCUUCGGAUUCUCGUCAACUCUAUCGGUAUGCAAAUGAUUGUUCAGAGAGUGCUUCAACAUAGCGCCCAUCCCCCGAACGCUUCUACGAUCGACCCAUCUUUCAUCGAACAUGCCAGACGAUUAAACAUGACGACCCGAGAGUACAGCUUCAUAGAAGAAGUCAUAGACGGCUGCUGCCAGACCCUCGAGAAAGUCACCACACUGAGCGGAUCUCUACAUUUCUCGCCUAUGAGGACUCUCUUUCGAACCAUCAGCUCCUCCAUUUUUCUUAUGAAGGCUCUUGCGUUAGGAGUGCGCAACUCAAAACUGCAAGAAGCGCUUCAAAUACUAGAUCGGGCUAUUACCGCGCUGCUAGAUACGGAACAGGACGAUGUGCACUUGAGAUCGAGAUAUGCAGCUCUCUUACAGACGCAAGUUUCACGCCUGAGAGAAAGCUUGGUGUCUUCUUAUGCUGUUGGCCAUGAGCCUGAUUCUUAUGACCCAUCCAUGGACAUUGAUAUUUCUGAUGCUGCUUUUAACAAUUGGUUGGCUUUGCCUUUUGAUUCAUCCAUGGCGCCAUUUGGGUCUACAGGGGGCUUUGAUCGGUUGGAUGGCGUUGAUUUAGACCUGGAUUUCUUGUGGCAGUUGCCCCCUUGA